AUGGGCUCUGUCACCUCGGCCCUGAGCCGGCCACGGCGCACCCUGGUGCGGGUGGGCGCCGGGAAUUUCCCCUCAAGCCCCUGCCGGCCCCCGCUGGCCGCGGUGCUGAAGCUCCACGGAGAGGAGGAGGCCGUCCCGCCGGCGGGGCCCACGGCUUCCCGCCGCAGCCCCGGUGCCCUUGCAAAUGAGACAGGUGUCAAACAUCCACAACCACUUUCACUAUUUGCCCGGUCUAAGUCACAAAACUGCUUGUGGAACACCACUGUUGGUGGGUUGACCAGCAACCUCAAGGAAAGGCCAAAGCUGACCAUCAUCAAUGACCCUAGACCUCCUGAUGAAAUCUUAGCAGAUGAACUACCACCAGUGGACAGUCCUGAGGCACUGGUGAAAACAUCUUUCAGAUUGCGGUCUUUGGUAAAGCAAUUAGAGAGAGGGGAAGCUUCAGUUGUAGACCUAAAGAAGAAUUUGGAAUAUGCUGCGACUGUUCUUGAGUCAGUAUACAUUGACGAAACUAGGCGUUUACUGGACACAGAAGAUGAACUCAGUGAUAUUCAGUCUGACUCUGUGCCCUCGGAGGUCCGUGACUGGUUGGCUUCUACCUUCACACGGCAAAUGGGGAUGAUGCUCAAAAGGACAGAGGAAAAACCCCGGUUCAGGAGUAUUGUCCAUGCAGUGCAAGCUGGGAUAUUUGUAGAAAGAAUGUACAGACGGACUUCAAAUAUGGUUGGCUUGAGCUACCCACCAGCUGUAAUUGGAGUGCUAAAGAAUGUUGACAAGUGGUCCUUUGAUGUAUUUGCACUAAAUGAUGCCAGUGGGGAUCAUGCACUGAAAUUCAUUUUCUAUGAACUUCUCACACGCUAUGAUCUGAUCAACCGUUUCAAGAUUCCCAUUUCUGCCCUGGUGUCCUUUGUGGAAGCUCUGGAGGUUGGCUACAGCAAACACAAAAAUCCUUAUCACAACCUAAUGCACGCUGCAGAUGUGACACAGACAGUCCAUUACCUCCUUUUCAAGACAGGCGUAGUGUUGUGCUUCUCUUUCCUUGCUGCUCUCAUUGUGAUGCCAUUCAAAAGAGAAUUCAGAGCUCUAGUGAUUGAGAUGGUGUUGGCCACUGAUAUGUCCUGUCACUUCCAGCAAAUCAAAGCUAUGAAGAAUGCUUUGCAGCAGCCAGAAGGAAUUGACAAGCCGAAAGCCUUAUCACUGUUGUUACAUACAGCAGAUAUCAGUCAUCCAGCCAAGGCUUGGGAUCUCCACCAUCGCUGGACAAUGUCUCUGCUAGAGGAGUUCUUCAGACAGGGUGACAAAGAAGCAGAACUAGGCCUACCCUUCUCUCCCCUGUGUGAUCGCAAAUCUACUAUGGUUGCUCAGUCUCAAAUAGGUUUCAUUGAUUUCAUUGUGGAACCCACUUUUACUGUGCUGACGGACAUGACAGAGAAGAUUGUGACUCCACUCAUCAAUGAAGCUUCCCACUCUGGCAUGUCUGGAUUCAGGCGCUCCAGCCUAAAUAACAUUAGUCCCUCCGAAGUUAAAAGAUCAAGUGUCAAGAGCACUGGGUCCGAAGGAAGUGCCUCACUUAACUGCUCCAUACUCACUGUGGACUUCAAAUGUUUUAAAGCCACCUGGACUGAGGUGGUGCAGCAGAACAGGGAGAAAUGGAAAGCGCAAGCCACCAAAGAUGCGGAAGAAAAAGCUAAGAAAGAAGCAGAGGAAAAUGCCUAUCAGGGAACAGAUGAAAAGGAAAGCGAAAAGGACGAGAAGCCAGCCGAAGAUGCCACAGCAACAAAUACAGAGAACAGCAAAGAACCAAAUCCUGGGGAAGGCAAAAGCACAGAUUCCAGUAAAAACUCUGUGAAUGACACUCAGCAAAGGGACAUGAACAAACACAAAGCCUCUCAAGGGAAAAACAUACCUAGGACAGAUAAGGGAACAGACUCUCAUCACACAGUGGGAGAAGAGAAACAGCGUGUCCAGAAUGGUGAAUUAAACGAAGACAAUAAGUUAGACAAAAGAGAUAAGUCCAGUGUGGGGGAUGAAUUAAAGAAAACAGAUGAUUCUGUUCCUGGCUCCACAGGAGGUGAGGAUGGAGAGCUCUUUAGUGUCACAGGGACUGACCAAGUAGUAGCUGUCUUUGGACUUUCGUUGAGAUGUCUCAUUGGAGAAAACAAUGCAGUCCUGAUGAAGGUCGUGUGCGGAGUGAGGGUGUGGGAGAGUACUGAUGUGCAGAGCAGCGCUGGCACCAGAGCCAUCAAACCUCAGCUGCAUCACCUCAGGAGGCCCACUCACAGCUCAGGAGACUAUUUCCCUGCCUUCCACAAGAAAUUAGAGGAACGUCAAGUGAGAUGUAAAGUGCUUGAUGAGAGGGAAAGGAUGAAGAAGAUUCAACAUAUUUCCCAGAGCUGGAAUAGGAAAUAGCAGAAGAGUUAAAGAGGCAUCUUCUGGAAUGAUGCUCCUCACAGGCAGAUGGAGGAUAUUGUGCAACCAUUGCACAGGCCAUACUACAUUGUACAGCAGCUGCAAUUUUGAAUAAAAGCAAGUGUAUGAUUUAACUAAACGAUAUAAUGGACAUUUUGUUAGAAAUGUUCUCAGUAGCCUUAUUAUUGCAGCAUAUGCCCACUUAGUACUAAAGUAUUGGGCUGCUACUUUAAAAGAAGUAACUGUAUAUGGCUUGUCUCCUGUCAAAUUAAGCCAAUGCUUUCCUAGAUUGUUGUAUGGUGUUCUCAAUGCGACCUUCUGCCUACCACAGGUAAAACAAUAACUCCUAUUUCAGACAGCAAAGGAAAAUUUUGUAUUGUCUAGCAGUACUGAGAAUAAAUGUCCUCCUGUCAUAGUGUGACCUAUCAGGAGGAUGCAGGUGGAAGGCUGGAGUACAAAGAGUCCUCUCUCUUCACUCAUUGGAAAAAGAACACAUAGCACAGCAUUAAAAUUGUUCUUUGCUCAAACUCUGUUGAAUGUUAAAUAACACUGAUUGUUUUCUAUGGCAUUAAUUUAGUUGAGUUUGAUCUCGUGUUCUUUUAAUGCAUAGUGUCCCAUGGCUCUGAGUUUCACAGUUGAACGUGGCCCUUCUGAAAAAGUUGCUCUUGCCCCCAGAUUUUGCACUUUCAGAAACAGUGGCAAAUAGCUCUCUGCCCUCUUUCUGGAAGCCCCUGGUGGUUUACAUACUACCUCAAUUGUCCCUUUCCAGUCCUGUUUUUACUCUCCUCAGAGGCAAACCUGCUAUACUUUAUAUCUUCCUUGCUGCUCUUAACUAUAUCUUUCUUUGUUUUAAUCUAAGGAAAGAACGAGCACUGCACGUGGCUCAAGUGUCAGGUACACCAGAAAUCUAUAAAAUAGUGUAAUGACACUUUCUGUUUCAUCUCCCAAGCUUUUCUGAAUAGAUUUUUAAGUUGUACUUUCAUUUUUGAACCUCCUUGAGGACUGAGCAGUAGUUUCUGUAGAAUAAAUACUAAUUAAUUUAUAGCUGAAACACACAUACAGAGUUGCGGAGUUGGGGUUUCCUCUCCCUAUAUGCCUCAUUCUGCACUUACCAACACUGAAUUGGUGGUUUUGCCAAUUACACUGAAGUAAGCUACUGCUUCUUAUUUUUCUAUUUCUCCUCCACUUUACAUUCUUCAUUUGUUUCUUGCUUGCUUUCUUCUUCUACCAACACCUUUUCCAAAUCACAUCUUCUGGAUAAGCACAUUGAAUAGCAGAAACAACAGUCCUCCUUUACUAUGAAUCCUGACCAUUUCAUAACAAUUUUUAAUUUAUUUCUGCAUUUUUAUUUUUCCCCCAUUGUUAACUAGUUGUUUACCUAUCUUAAGAUCAUAUGCUGCAAACUUCUUUCAAUCCAUGACAGCUCAGUAGCUUUGACAGUCUUUGGGUCAAGCCCUUGUCAAAAUGAAGAACAGCAAAGCAUAUUGGCUCCUUCAAGGAGUGUCGAGGUUUGUGAAGCAAAAUUUCUUGUACAAAAACUUGGCUGAACACUCUCUGUCAUAAGUAUUCCUGUUAUGAGUAUCCCCACUACCUACCAAUUCUAUUAUUUAUAUUUGUAAAA